GUCAAACAAGUACUGCCUGAGCCAGAAGGACAAUCUUCAGGACCCACGCUUUGUUCCCCAGAUCCCCAUGGCAAACAGAAGCUAACCCCCCCUGUGUCCCGGAACGACGGGAAAGAAGCAUCAACUCUACGCUAGAGGAGCUCCCACAGCAUAGCCUCAGUACUUCCCUAGAGGUGUCAGAAGAGCCCAGCCCCUACCCCAGUCCCUGCCCAAGCCCCUGGUCUUGCUCCAGUCCCAUGGAGGAUGAGCAGCAAUUAGCUGAAACCCCCUGUGACCCCACAGAAAUAAGCGGCAACCAUAAGACGAGCACAGACAAGAAGACGAGCACAAACCAGAGCUUCUUUCAAAUCCCUGGUGCUCCAGCGAGCACCAGGCUACUAGACAAGUGCCGCAGCCCCUCACCUGAGCCAAAGCCAAAUGGAGAACCAACCCGUACUAUCCCUAACCCUGUGGAGGCUGGGCAGGAACAGGUUGAAGGCAGCACAGGAAAAGUUAUAUCUGGCGUGGUUGCUGAAGAUCCAACCACAAUGGAUGUUGGACAAGAAGAGGGGGAGGAGGUAGGGGAGGAAGAAAUAGAGUUGGAGGAGGAUAAUGUGAUUGAAGUGGUAGAUGAAGAGGUGGAGACGGUUAUAAAGCAGACAGAAGUGUCACCACCCUCUCUUGACCUCAGUUCUCCUGAGCAGAUUCCCGUCCAAAAUCCUCCCCCCGUCCAGAACACUCCUCCCGUCCAGAGGCCCAUGCUGAGCAGAGUGAACUGUGUCCUGGACCAGCAGUUCAGCGACUUCUCUACAGAGAUGCAGAUACUCCUGCUCAGAGAGAGUGUCCACUACAACUCCCCACUGAUCCCUAGCCAGAGUCCUCCGGGCCAUCCCCCCAUCCUGCCCUUCUCUGAGUAUGUCUCCUUCUACAACUCCUCCCCGCCUAUGCAGGACUACGUCAGCUCCCUGAGAGACCGCAUGGGCACCGUCAUAGACACACAGGAGCAAUGGAUUCCUAGCACGGUGGCCACUGACUCUCCCCUGGUCUUUUCUAACAAUAACCACCACCAUGCUAGCCACGUUCAUAGAACUACAUACAACUGGUACCCUUCUUCUCGUGGCCCUGUUUCUCACUCUGUCCCCAGCCCUCACCCUCCGUCCCUGUCUGCCCCUGGUCGUGCUAGUUCAGACUCCUACAGUUCUCUACCUGUGUCUCAUUCUGUCCCCAACUGCCACUCUCCUGCCUCUCCUUCUGGCCCCGGCCUUAACCUUGCUAGUUCAAACACUUACAGUUCUUUAUCAGUUUAUCAGUUUCCCUCAGCUGUGUCUCAGUUUAAUAGUAAUAAUAACAAUCAUGUUAUUAUUCGCUCUUCAUCCUUCCCCGGUCCUGGCACUGCCUCUCCUUUUACCCCUCCCCUCUACAACAACCCAGCCCAGACAGAGCUGCCUCUAUCCCAGCUGCACUCUAGUCUAGCGCCCCUCCCCAUCCAACCACUGGCACUGGGCAACCAGUGGAUAACAAGAGCGCAAACAACAACAGAGAACCCGGACUCAGACUGCCGAGAGCAACUGGGAACGUGCAAGCCAAGUGCUAUGUCAACCACGACAAAGAACACUGACUUAGAUGCUCGAGGGCUACGGGGAAAGUGUAAGGCACAAACGAGUGCAAAGUUUCAAUCAAAAGACAAUGUCAGAAUUGUUGAUCCUCCGAUUUCAGAAGCCACCAUGGUGGCUCCACAUCAUCUCACUCAGAUGAUUGAGAGUUCUUCAGGGGUGGGAGGGCCUUUCCCAAGCUCAAGGCCGGAUCCACCUGCACCCAUCAGUAGUCUGAUUAGCCAGCUGAAACCUGAGCUGUUCAGUAACCUGGUGAAGAUUAUAAAAGAUGUCCAGAAGAACUCUGUCCAGUUCUACAUCCACCAUAUUAAGGAGUACAUCCAGAGAUUGGGGAACAUAGAACACAGUCCUGAGAGUUUCUUGGAAAGAGAGAACUGUUUGGAAAAGUAUGGUUCUCAUGCAGAACAAGGAAAUCGCAGCUCACGUUCGUAAGGUACUUGACAAAAAUAUCAGUCAUUCCACGAAAUGAGUUCUUUUUGUGUCCCUUUGAUAUUUUAAGUAGAAAUUGUGCACCGAUAUUGGAUUUUAAAAGCCUUUUAAAUUAUGAAGUGCCCUUAAUUCAAUACAUUUUUGAA